AUGCAAGUUGAUCAGAUACCGGAGAUUACUUCGAAGCGACAGAGCGAGAGCUUAUCCCAAAUGCCAUUUAAAAGAGGGAAAGAUACAAUCUUUUCUGAAGAAGUUUGGCAGCUUUUGAAUAAUCAAUGGAAAAGUCCGUUACCAGAUGCAUCGGUAAUGUUCCCCUGGUUACAUGGAGAUACUCAGGAAGUUUUACCUCAGCGGUAUGUGGAUGAACCGUAUCAUUCAGACUUUGAUAGGUUUGUGGUCUCUGUGAUAAGAUCCAACAUAAGAGAUAAUAAGUAUAUCGAGAAUUCUGGCCUUUUGAAAUCCUCUUUAGAAGUAUUCGAUAUCUUGUUGCCAAUAGGCAAAGAAACAACAAUAGAUACAGUAGUGAAAGAUCUACUCAAAUCGCUAGAAGGUGUGUCAGAGGAAGAUGUUUUGCAGUUGAUUGAGGAUUGUUCGUUGUUUGAAGCGAUGCCCUUAUUAAAAACGGACCCAUUUCACUCCGUUUACAAUAGCGACAACAAUUGCGUGAGAAAUAAUUAUCAGAAAUGGAAGCAGCCUCGUACGUUCCGUCGAUUCGAUUUACAACCAUCUUUGCAGUUUCACCUAACUAAACAUUGUAUCGUGUAUUGCGUAACAGACUCCUGUUGUUGCGAUCGUCUAAUUAAUGUUUUAAAAUGGGCCCGAAGAUUGGCCAAGUUACCGGAAUGCCAAUUCAAAAUUCUACGUGGGGAGAUCCAGGAUAAACUUUGGGGAACUCCGCCAAUACUAUUGUCAUCUUUGCAAACCAAAAAAGGCCUCUGUUCAGAUUUUGAUCUAGCUACGUUCAAAAACUGGGAUCGUGAUAUGUACUAUACCGAGAGAUUGGAGGUGAGCAAGAUGAGCAGCGCGACCAAAGUGGAAAAUAUAUGGUGUGGGAAUUCAACUGAUGCCGAAAUUUGGAAAAUUGGUAAAUUUACGGAAAAUGACACGCUAGAAACUCCGACUACAUACUAUGAACCAUCAAAUUCUGUUGUAAAUGCCACUGAUUUGAAUGACAAUGCCUUAUUCAAUAUUCCUUCAAAGACUAAUGAUUGGCGUUUGUUUAUCAAUUGCUUUGAAAACGCUCAACUGCCGUCUUUGGAGAAAAUUUCAGAGUUAAUCAAACAUCCUGUGGAUACUCCCGUCUGGUUGAGUUUUCCUAGUUCCGGCUCUAUCGGACUGGGAAAUUUAAACUUAGAUUCCAUUCAAACAAUUUUAAACGUUUGCCAUUUGUUAGAAUUCUACCCGCAAAACAAAUUAGUCUUCUCGCCAGAUGGAUACACAGAGACAUCAUUCCUACUCGUUGCAUAUUUGAUCUUUAAACUCGACAAAUCCUUAGAUGAAGUGAUAUUCGAUUUGCAUAAAAAAUAUGACAGGCCAUUCUUCCUGUUCUUGAUUGACAUUCAGGUUUUAUCACAUCUAGAGACACUAUUAAGACAGUAUUCUCCCAUGAGAAAUGAAACGACCGAUCCAAAGCUACCAUUGACUAUAGAUGCGGAUACUUUCAGUAAAAUAUUCUUCAUAAAACCACCAACUGAUUCACCGUUCUUGAAAUGCAAAGGUCCUUUACCGUCAAGGAUCCUUCCCCAUUUAUAUCUGGGGUCCCUUAAACAUGCACAAUGCCCUGAAAUGUUAAAAGAAUUAGGAAUAAGAAAUAUCAUCUCCGUUGGAGAAUCCGUUUCGUGGUGUAGACCAAGAUCUAAUACUGUUAAUGAAGAGAUUACAUUACCAGCAAGAAAUAUGGAGAGAAAACGGAGCAAUUCGUUUAAUGUUUUACCUACCGCUAAUUCUCAAGCAGCAUCGGUCAUCAAUAUUACUGAACAAGAUGGAUUUAGAGUGUGUCAUAUUGACAACCUUGGUGAUAACGGAAUGGAUCCUAUGCUUCAUCAAUUGGAUAUGGUGCUUGAUUUUAUCGAUCAAUGUUAUCGGAAAAAUGAAGCAGUGUUUGUGCAUUGUAUGGUCGGUGUUUCUCGUAGUGCAACGGUUUGCAUUGCCGAAUGUAUGAAAAGGUUGGACUGUGGAUUAUUGAAAGCUUAUCUUUAUGUUAGAGUAAGAAGAUUGAAUAUUAUCAUUCAGCCCAGUUUAAUGUUUGUCUAUGAAUUGUUAAAAUGGCAAGAGCUCUAUGAAUCCCAUGAUCCGGAUGUCACUUGGGAUUGGAAUAUGAUUUGUCGUUGCAUUUCUCAAUUGAAUAGUAACUAUAUAUAA